AUGGAUAAAAGUGAUGAGAAAUCAGAGGAAAUUAUCUCACAUGAUAAUUCAAGUGAACUUGCCAUUGUUAUUGAAGACGAGAAAAAAUACGUUGGUAAUAUUUGUCCGGAAGCAUUUGCAUUAGAAUCCAGCUUGAUAGCACACCGAGACAUAAUUCACAAAGAACAAAAAGAUUACUCGUGUGACAAGGGCGAGAAGAAAUUUGAAUUUCGAAGUCAUUUGAGAAGACAUCUAAUAUCAGAACACAGAAGCCGCAAAGACUUUCCAUGCGACAGAUUGACGUUUUGGCGUUAUCCAACUUCGCUUACUACUUAUGCAAGUCUUGGUGCAUUUUUGGGCGACAUCGUUCAUGCAGCUCUUCAAGCAACGAUCAGCUGA